GAAAAAGUUGAUUUACAACAAGAAUUAAGGGAUGCCCAAAAAUUAGCAGACUUGAUAACUGAAAAUGAAACGAAAAUCAAACAGGAAAAUAAAGAAAAUAAAACGAUAAUAAGAAAAAGUAAUAACCAAAUUGCGAAAUUAGAAAAAAAGUUAGCGUUGGCCGAAAUUAAGUUUAAUAAUUCCGCGAAUAACGCUUCCCAAUUGAGUGAGAAACUAGAAAAAAAAGACCAAGAAUUUGAAAAGGAAAAAGUUAGUUUGGAGCAACAAGUUAAGCAAGUUUCUAAAAAGUCAAACGCUCAAACACUUAAUGUUGACAAAUUAGUUGAAAGAAAAGGAAAAUUACAAGCAACCAAUAUAGCGAACAAGCAAAAGUUAAUUAAACAGCAAGCCAAAACGGCGGACUUAACUCAAACUAACCAACAACUUCACCAAGAGGUAAAAGAUUUAAAAAAUAGCACAGUGGAAAAAAAGGAAAACGACCGCUUAAUUAAAGAACAAGAACAAUUAAAAAAUUCUCUCGAUGCUCGUGCUGCUGAAAUCCGAGAAUUAACCAGCCAAAACAAAGGGUUAGAGAAAAAUUUAAACGACAAUAAAAGACUAAACCAAGCUUGCCGAAUUUUAUUAGAAAAAAUGCUUGCAAAAUUAAACAAAAUGAAAAAUGAGAAAGAAAGUCGACCGGAAACUCCGGAGGCUUUACCGGAUGAUGAGAAUCUGCCGACGAAAAGAUAUCAAAAGGAAAUUAAUAAGUUAGUAAAUGAAUUAGAACAAGAGAGAGAGAAAAGCGAUGCCGAAAAUUUAUUCACUGAUUUAAGACAAGGUGAGUCGGAAUUUUCGCAACAAUUAAUCAGUGAGGAAAACCAAGAAUUACAAGCCUUAAUUAGAGCAAAAAACAAGCGAAUUACCCAGUUGGAAAAACAGUUGGAGAAAGCGGAUGAUAAUUUGGAGCAGCAAUUAGCCCAAAAAGAUGAGGAGUUGGAACAGACCGACAAACUUUCAGAGGAAGAACGAACUGCUAAUGCUCACUCGGAAGACCAAAUUAAGAGGUUAGAAAAAGAAAACGAAGAACUAAAAAAUGCUUUUCAAAAACGAGGAAAAGAUAUUGAUGAACUAAAUGAAUUACAAGAGGAAUUUGCAAAAAAAUACAAAAAAUUAGUCCGGGAAAAAAGUAAAUUAAAAUCUCGACUAACAGAAAGAGAAAGAGAAACUUUUGGCAAAAAAAUCCUCGCCAAAGAUAAUAAAAUUACUAGUUUAGGAAACCAAGUUAAAUUACUCCAAAAUAAAUUAAAAAACCUCCGCUCAAAACAAAAAUUAUCUACUCAACCGGAAAUAGUUCAGCAAGAUAAUAAUUCUACUUCACUUUCUUGGAAUGCUUUCUUAAACCAGCCCAAAGUAGCCCGAGCUUUAAAAACGGCUCGCAAUACUACUCUGCUUGGUCUAUCCUUGAAUGGCUUAGCAACCGGUUAUCAACAAAUUUUUAAUUCGGCUGGCGACCAACUAAACUUAAAUAUUCCGGUCAACCUUGUGACUGGUAAUUCUCAAAAUUUAUUAGUUCUUUCGGCACUCCAAAAUCAAAAUCAGUUCGACCCUACUUCUCGGGAGGGGUUAGAAAAUGAAAUUUCACCAGUAAAUGAAUUCAUUUUGCCUGAAAACGGUUUGGAUAGUUCUCAAUUAGACCGUUCAACGGUUCGUAAACUAGAUCAAAGCCAAAACCGCGAACUCUCUGCCCGACCUAAUCUCAGCACCGAGAGAUAUAAUGAAUUACUAAAUCAAGAAAAAAAGAAUAAAAAUUUUCAAAGUCAACUGCAAACUCGUCAUCAGCAAAUGGCGAAACAAAUUCAGCAAAAACGGGAAUUACGCUCCGAAUUAAAGGUGUCUAACCAAACUGCCGAGCAAGUAAAAACAGAACGGGAUACUUACCGCCAGCAAGCCCAAACUUAUGCCACUGCCAAACAAAUCCCCGACCUUUCUCAGCGUCCGGAUAUCACAGCAGCAGAAUUUGCUAAGUAUAAAAGUCUGGAACAAGUAGCCGAAAUUGAAAAAGCGGCUAGCCAGCGAGGAGUAAAAUUCACCCAACUUGACCUUGAUGCGGCAGUUAACCGAACUGACGAUAAAUAUCAAGGUUAUCAGUCUCCCGCCAAGGCGAAAGUUAUUGAGGAAAAAUUAAUUAAAAGUAAUUCAGAAAAUGAGGAGCGGAUAAAGAAACUCGGAAGUAAUGUGGCUGAUUUAGUUUAUCAAAUUCAUGAUGCUGAGGUUAGGGAGGAAAAAUUACAAACUGAACUUCACAAAUUAGGAGAAAAAAACGAUAAACUAGCAGAGAAAAUUAGCGAAUUAAACACCACUAGUAAAACCGACCAAAGUAAUCUUAAAACUCUCCAAACCAGAGUUAAAAAUCGGGGCAAAAAGAUUACUGAACUGAAAGAGGAAAUUAUUAAACUAACUAACCGCCCCGACAUUACGGAAACGAGAUAUAAUGAACUGCUAAAUAUUGAAGAAUUGGAGAACAAACAAAAGGAAAUUAAUGAACUUAUAGGAGAAUUAAAUAAACUUAAUGAUAAUUUACUGGACUUAAAAGCCCGUGAUAAACUAGAAAUAACCCGCUUAAAAGUUGAAAACAAGAAUUAUAAACGACAAAGGGACAGAAAAAAACAAGAUUAUCAAGGUCAAAUCAGCCGAUUAGAAAAUGAGUUACUUCGUCUGGCAAAAAAUAAGGAAGAACAAACGGAAAAAUUAGCCAGAGCGAAUGAGCAACUACAACAGCAAAUUGCCGAUAACGAGCAGCAAAAAAAAGACUACCAAGACUUAGCAACCGAAUUGGAGCAAGAACAGCAAACUCACACCCAAUCUGAACAACAUCACCAUCAACAAAGUAACCAAGAUGACUUAGUUAAGGUCGCGAUUGGCGGAGUGAUGAUUUUAAUGAGUGUGCGAGAUGCUAAAAAAUACCAAACGGUAAAAGCAAAACUAAAAAAGGAAACUACUAAAUUAAAAGAGGAAAAACAAUCAUUAGAGGAGGCAAAAAUUAAUCUUCAUACCAAAAUAGAUGAACUUCGUAAAAAACUUAAAGCCAUCAAAGAAAACCAAAAAAUCCUUUUUAAACCAGCCGAACAAAAUUUAUGUCGUGAUUUAAUUAAAUAUGAAAAUAUUACUGAUAAUUUUGAAAUAGAUAACAGUUUGGAACAAGUCCUUACUGAAACAACUAACGCUUUUAUUAACACCGUAGUCACUGCUCAAACCCAUCUAAAACUCACUGAUUUGACCCAAAUUAAAACUACUCACCCUAUGCCAGAAGGUAAAAGUUUAGAAGAUUUAAUUACUUUUUAUCACGCUAACCAAACUAAGACUCCAACUCCCACUCAACCAACCAUUACCAAAUUGGAGUCCGGAGAACCUAAUGAAACCCUAAUCGUGAAUCAAAUCAUUCAAGAAUGUGAUUUAGGUCUUAACCAAAAUAGUAGUUUAACCCAAGUAAUUGAACGAGUAAAUGAACUAAUUAAAACUAAACCACCAACCAUUAAACCUGUUAACCAGCCAAAUGACACUCCGUUUGGGGAGGACUUAGCAGUCAUUAAACAGCUCGAACUAGCCAGUCUAACCAAAUUAUUUGGAGCGGCAGUUGAUUCAACUAUUCAACGACAAAUUCAAGCAGCAGUUAAUUAUUCCCAGAAUGUUCUGACUGGUUUUGCUAAUAGUAAGUUGAAUGGCGAUUGGAGGACUAACUUUGAAAUUGAAAAGAUUAAAGAAAACAAAAAAGAUGAAGCGGAAUUUAUCCAUGAGGAUCAGGAAUUAGAGAAAGCCUAUCAGGAAGUUAUUCAAAAAAUAAUUAAAAGGGGAGAAAUUUAUUGGGCUGACUUAACUGAAGAAGAACCUAGAAAGGACAAAAUUGGUAAAGUCAGAAAAAAAGAGUCUCAAAAAGACCGUCCAGUGGUGGUUAUUUCCAACGACAAGCAAAAUAAAUAUAGCGAUGAUGUAAUUGUGGCUUUAAUUAGUUCCCAAGUUGAUAAAGUUUAUUAUUUUGAGCCGGAAAUUGCUUUAAAAAAGAAAAGUAAAAUUUUGGCUGAUCAAAUUUUAACGAUGGAUAAAGAGCGAUUAGGAGAAAAAAUAACUUCUUUAAGCAUGAUUGAAAUAAUAAAGUUAGAAAAGGCUUUGCAUGCCGUGCUUACCCAAAAGGAAAGGAUUUCUACUAAUCAACUAUUAGAAAAGGCAGCCAACGAAUACUUGAAAAAAAUGAAGAUAUAA